GAAGCUCCGACCAGGGCCAGGUCAGACUUGGCUCCGAAAAUUUUGUGAGACGCGUGCGCGACUACUCCAGCUGACACCCACUGACUCGUACAUCGUCGCAUGCGCUUCGUCGUGUACAUCGGUAGCCCAGGUGACAAGAUUAAAUUCCUUGGUUAAAAGAUAAACUACUCCGAACAUGUAUAAAUACAUAACAUUGGCUUUGCUAGUCGCAUCAGCGUUAGCAGUCCCAACAGAUAAAAGCGAAUCUGUCGCAGAGAGACUUGACUGCUUCCAAAAUGAAGACGACAUGUUUAGUUGCAUGGCUGUGAAGCUCGUUAGUUCAAUUGAAAGAGCGGCGAGAUCGGCAGAUCUUAAUAUCGUUGAUGGAAUUACGUUCAUUAGGGAUACACCACUUGAACGUAGUGGAAAGUCCCUAAAACCUGAGAAAGAAGUUCUAAGUGAAUUACCUCGUGAAGCAGCCGAUAGAACCUUAGAAUUAGCUACGAUGCUUUAUGAAUCCGCAGUAUCAUUUUUUAAGAGUCAUAGCUUGAAGGUUAAUAUCCCCGAGGGGUCAAUGUCCCGUGCUCUCGUAGAAGGUCGCGCAAAAAUAAAGAAGAUGAUUUUGCCUUUGAUCGCUGCCGCUGGUAUCAAAAUCUUCGCACUGGUCCCGAUCCUUGUCGGCGGCCUCGCUCUUCUAAUCGUAAAAGCUCUUUUUGUGGGAAAAAUUGCCCUUCUCAUCGCUGGAAUUCUCGCAUUCCAACGACUUUUCAGCAGCUCCGCUGGUUCUAUUGGCAGUGGCUUUAGUAGUUUUGGCAGCAAUAUCUUUAAUAAAAAUCCCCAAGGUUCAUGGUACGAUGGCAACCAGGGAUGGUCGGGGGCGUCAGCCAAUCAGGGACAAGGUUACUACAGAAGCUUCAGUGAUAAGGUCGACGCUCAAUCUAUGGCUUAUGCCGGUCAAGUGCCAAGUGCCAACGAGGCUAAUUGAUUAUUAUAUAUAUUAUUGUUUGAUUGUGUAUUGAUUUAUAAUCUAAAAGAUUAUCAAACUUUUUG